AGUUAUAGAUUUCCUAAGUAGUUCAUAUUUAUUGUAAACUUUUUGAUCAUAUUCGUAUCGAAUGAGGUACUUAAUAAAUAUAAGUAGAUGGUUGCAUAACAAAAUAUUUUCAAUUCUUUAAGUUGGACAAAUUUAUGCUGUAUGAUUAUUAUUGUUCCUGUUGCUGUAAAUUAAUUUGAUAUAAUUAUAAUAUAGUUUUCUUGGCUUUAAUGUUUUUUUCUAAAAAUUAAUUUCUGACAAAAAUGGACAAAAUGGACAAAACAAAAAGUUCUCAAACUAAAAGGAACAUGGUAGAAUCAACAGAUAAUAAAAAGAAAGAUGUAAAAAAGGACCAAGUUAAAGAUAAGAAACAAGGCAAAAAAAAUAAACCGAGUGACAAUGAAGGUAACACAAAUCAAGGCGCUAAUCAAUCUUUUUGUGAAGAUCAAAAGUGUUCUAAAAACAUUAUUUGUGAAAAAGAUUCGGAACACGAAAGAUUGGACGAUGAUGACGAAGAAGGAUGGCGUGUACAAAGAAAUAAAAAAAAAACUAGUCACCGACUCACGGUGUUCAAUUUGAGUGAAGAACAAGAAUAUCAUAAAAAUGUUCAAGAGAAGAGCAAAUUGUCUGACUCAAAUUCCAAACAGAAAAAAACACAUGAUAAUAACAACAUUGAUUCACAUGAGGUUGAGGAUACACAUAAAUCAGAAACUAAAAGGAGAAAAAGAAGGGGGGAUAAAAAAAAAAAAAAUAGUCAAGAGCAAAACGAUAUUCCUGACAUAGAUUCAUCCAUAAAUAAUACAUUUAAUGAAACAAAAGUACAUGAUGGAAACAACAUUGUGCAUGAAGAAAAUACACAUUUAUCAAAUGAUGAUUUACCAGGGUAUGUUGUCAAUUUUUAAUAUUCAACCUUGACAUUCUUUUACUUAAGUACCUUUAUAUUAUAUUUAAACUGUGAAAAUAUCAUCGGUUAAAAAAGAAUGUUGAUAUAAAAAUUAUUGUAUAAUUAUAAUAUAAUUUUUAUUAAAUAAAUAAAUAUAUGUAACACCCCAAAAGAUAAGAUUACGGUAUUGAAAGACUAAAAUUUUCGUUAAAUUAACACAUGAAGACAAUAGUUGAAAUAACUGAGUAGUUAUCAAUAACAUUUG